AUAAACGACGGUGUAACAUAUCUGGACCACCCACAGCCUUAUCGUGCAACAAAGGCCGUCUCCGUAGACGCUGAGUUGGUAAAGGUAAAUUUCAAACACUUGCCAUUUAUAUCUCCAGAGGCCCUGUCGGCCGGACUCCAGAACACCAUGGAAAACUACGGCAAAGUCUGCCAAAUUCGCCUCUACCGCGAGUCCGGGACUGGAAUAUUCGAAGGUGAAGCAACCGUAAUUAUUGAUAUCACUCCUCCUGACAACGCAAUGCGCGACGAUGGCAACCCGUACUACAUGCCGCUGCGGCGUUUCAUUGAAUUUGACAAUUGGGGUCAAAAAUUCCCGGCUUCCUGGAAAAACUGCCCCCCAAUCUGCCGGUAUUGCUCAAAAGAGGGACACCGGGGCAGAGACUGUCCUAAGUUGGACCCUGUCGAAUGUUACUACUGCCGCCAAACGGGACAUAUCCAACGCAACUGC